AUGGGCAACAUCUUCGGGAACCUGCUGAAGAGCCUGAUCGGGAAGAAGGAGAUGCGGAUCCUGAUGGUGGGGCUGGACGCCGCAGGGAAGACCACCAUCCUCUACAAGCUGAAGCUGGGGGAGAUCGUCACCACCAUCCCCACCAUAGGGUUCAACGUGGAGACAGUGGAGUACAAGAACAUCAGCUUCACCGUGUGGGACGUGGGUGGGCAGGACAAGAUCCGGCCCCUCUGGCGGCAUUACUUCCAAAACACCCAGGGGCUGAUCUUCGUGGUGGACAGCAACGACCGGGAGCGAGUGAACGAGGCACGGGAGGAGCUCAUGCGGAUGCUGGCGGAGGACGAGCUGCGGGAUGCCGUCCUCCUUGUCUUCGCCAACAAGCAGGACCUGCCCAAUGCCAUGAACGCAGCGGAGAUCACAGACAAACUGGGGCUGCACUCCCUGCGCCACCGUAACUGGUACAUCCAGGCCACCUGUGCCACCAGUGGGGAC